UUAGGAAAUAUCAUAUAUUUAGGAAAUAUUUAAUCUUCUCUGUUUCCAUGUUUAUCUAGGACUAGGAUUCUAGAGAUCUUUUGUAUUAUAUAUUUCGUGCUUUUCCAUCAAUGAAAGCUAAGCAAUUUCUGCCCAAUUCUACCUAAUUCUACAUGGUAUCAGGCCAAAGUUUCUAAUCAAUAGCAUUCAAUGGCAGGUGAUGAUGUUCCACCGCCACCCCCACCACCGACCGAAAUAAAACCAAAUUCCUCUUAUUAUCUUGGUUCCCAAGAUCGCCCAGGAGACUUCAUCACACCUACUCGUUUAACUUCCGAUAAUUAUGAUAGCUGGGCUGCUGAUAUUCAACCCGCUCUCGAAGCUCGACGCAAAUUUGAUUUCUUGGAUGGAACAAUUCUUACUCCAUCACCACCGUGCACCAAGUCCGAUUGGACGACCAUUAACGCUAUGCUAAUAUCAUGGAUAUCAAAUACAAUUACUCCUGAAAUACGGUCCUCUUUGUCCAAAUUUAGAGAAGCAAAACCGUUUUAGGAUCACUUGAAACAGAGGUUCGCUCAAACUAAUGGACCUCGCAUUCAACAAUUAAGAUCUUCCAUAGCCAAGUGUGAACAAUCUAGGGAUAUGCCGGUUUCUGUUUAUUAUGGUCAAUUACACUCCUUGUGGCAAGAGUUGGAUCAUCAUGAGCCAUUAAUUUCCUGCUCUGUUUCUGGUUGUCUUUGUGGUCGUUUACACGAGGAGCGAAGAGCGCAAGCAAAGUUACAUGAUUUUUUAAUGGGAUUGUAUCUCGAUUUUUAUUCAUCCCUACACACUCAAAUUUUAUCACAAGACCCGCUUCCGAGUCUUGACAGAGCCUAUCAGUUAGUCACUCAAGAGGAGUGUGUUCGCCUGUCAAGGAAGGAAGCAGCCACUCAUCCAACCGAGGCCGUUGGUUUUGCUGUGCGUACUGGAGCUGAUGCGGCAGGUGUGUCGCGAGGCAGGGGAAGGGGUUAUGACAAACCUCUUUGUACCAAGUGCCACAAGACGGGGCAUGAAGCCUCCACCUGUUGGGCAGAUAAGGUGUGCGCCCACUGCAAGAAGAAAGGGCACCCUAAGACCCACUGUUUUGAGAUUGUGGGCAGGCCAGGGAGUAGACGCCAGGACCAAGGUCGUGGUCAGCCUCGUGCCAAUGCAGCCGCUUGUGACAGUCAGUCUUCCGCAUCUAAUUCUUCUACAGUUUCGGCUUUGGGACAAUUAUUUACUCCUGAACAGUGGAAGGCUAUUGCGGGGGUUGUUGGUAAUGCUCAAAUUCCGGAAAACAUAUUGACCGGACCAAGCGAAGGAGCCGAUUGGAAUGGGAACUAGAAGAGAUGAACUAUACUAUUUUAGCAAACCGAAAGUGUCAAACGUUGAAGCUACACCGAAGUUAGAGUUAUGGCAUCGUCGACUUGGGCAUCCUUCUGAAAAAGUGGUUAAGUUAAUUCCUAAUGUUUUUGGUAGCAAAGAUCAUUUAGAUACGGGUUGUGAAGUAUGUAUGCAUGCUAAACAUCCUAGAGACAAAUUUCCUUUAAGUGAUAAUAAAGCAUCUCGAAUAUUUGAGAAAAUUCAUUGUGAUUUAUGGGGUCCAUAUCGACAUGUUUCGUCGUGUGGAGCUCGUUAUUUUUUAACAAUUGUGGAUGAUUAUUCACGAGCAGUUUGGGUUUA